AUGGACGCGGACGCCCCGGCGGCGGCGCAGAUCUCGCAAGCAGACAUCAUCGAGCGCCAAGCAGAGUCCAUUGCACGGCUUAAGCGACAGGUGAAGAAAGCCAUCGAGUACAAGCAGCUGACCAAGUCCAAACUCAAGGAGGCAGCGGCUCGGCUGAAGGAGUACCGUGAACAUGUUGAAGCGCUGCGUGAGGAGGGCGAAACGCUGAAAAAACUGCUAAAAGACGAAAAAAACAGUCACGAAAAAAGCAAAAGGUCGCACCAAAACGCGCUAAAACAGGCCGUAAAAGCGGUGAAACAGAAAACGCAUGCAGCGACGCAGACACAAAGGCCGAAAAACGUGACGCAGGCGAGUCAGACGAGAUUAAGUGGACAAGUGGAACAAACGCGCAAGAGAACGACAGUGGACAGUGAAGUUCAGACUGAAACGAUGGUAGUGGAUACAUUGACGUCGAGGAAACGUGCUCGGGGACACGCAGACGCGGCAGUGCGCCACGAAGUGGACCAAUUCAUGCCAAGAUUGUCGAGACAUUUACAAGAAACGACGCUUGACGACGUUCCUGCAAGUGAGUCGAUGCUCGUGCUGACAGCUAUGGACGAUACAACGGUUUUGCCGGAAACAAGUGCGGCGCUGGAUGCCGAACUGGCGCUCAGUGACUCGGGAGACGAUGGCGAAGAGACAUUACAGAUCGACGAUGGACAGAAAAACGCAAGAGCACAAGACUUUGCAAUGGAUUCGUCAGUGCUGGGCAAUAUUGAUAUGCCGCUGGAGGUGAUUACUCACGAAGACGACAAGCAUGGGCAUGCAGCAGCGCUGGAGAAAAAAGUAGCGGAAAGUUGCUGCUAG